AUGAACUCAGACAAUGCAAGAAUAACAGAGAAAUCAUCAGCAGCAGACAAAAUCGAUAUUCCGCUCUACAAGAAGAAGACUUUCGAUUUCACAGACUAUGCAUACCGCGAAGCGGUAAACCGUUUGAAGUUCCUAUUAACAGAAGCAUAUGAGCCUACCAAAGUAGCGACAUCAAUUUAUUAUCGUGGUGUCGAUGACGCUAAAUCGGAGGUGUCCGACAAUCAGUCGAUUGUAGAGCGGCCAUCUUUCAACGAGGUAUCUAAGUAUUUUAAUCCUUCCGGGUUUUCGCGAAGCGGAUCCGGCGCGAUCGGCAGUCGGAGAUUCAGUUUUAUGAAUACAGGGGUCGGAUUAUUGAAGCCAGUAACAUCGAACGUCAGUUUGCAACCACCGUCAGUUUGCAGUGUAACGCAAAGCCAGGAAGUUGCUCAACCGCCUCCGGAAUUGCUUGGUUUCAUAGAGAAACAAGAAAGUUAUAUUGAACAGUUGGAGAAAGAAUCACAGUACUGCAGGGAAGAACUUGCGACACUGCUUAAGAAAGUUAAAGAUGUUGUUUCGGAAAAUGAGGCUCUUACUGACAGAGUCCGGUCUAAAGCUAUGUACCGACUGGAUUCAUCAGAAAGUGAAGAUUUUGAUUUAGAACGAACUCGAGACAAGAGACGACUGUCCGGACCGAACAUUGUGUUUGAGUCACGUAUCAGUGAGCUGGAAGCACAGUUGGCGCAAUCGCAAAUUGAUCUAAAAAAAUUAUUCGACGAAAAUGAGGAAAACAAACGCAAACUGGCGCAUGGAACAAGCGACGCGAGCUGUUCGGACAUAUAUCGUAAACAGGUGGAAAAUUUGCAGAGGGAUAAGCAAAGUUUGGAGGAAACAGUGCGUAAAUUGCAAUUGUCAAUCGACCAGCUGAAGGAUUCGGAGGCAAACAACUUUAACAAAUCGCAAAGAUCCCGUGAUAUGAUUGAACACGUUGCUUUCGAGCGAAAUCAAGCGGAGAUCGAAAUUCGUCGGUUGAAGGAUGAGCUCGAUCGACAACACGAACGUGUUCGCGAGAUCCAGCAUGAAAUGACAAAACGAAUUGCAGAGGAACGGUCAAAUGCUGAAAGACGCUAUACAUUCCAGGUUGACCAACUGGGAGGAGAUUUGAGUAGCCAAUGGGAGCAAGCGACGAAACUGCAGCUGGAAGUGGAACGUAUGAAACGUAUCGAGUCCGAUUACAAGCGCGAAAUCAAUCAGAAAAACUCACAACUUGACGAGCUCAAGCUGGAGUUGAAAAAUAAAAUGGCAAUUUUCAUGUCCGAUUUGAAUCAGGCUAGUGCAGAAAAACAGUCUUUGGAACAAGAGAUUACUUCUUUAAGAUUACAGUUGGAAAGAACUGAGCGUCAAUCCAAAGUCGAAGUUUCACGCUUAACCGCUGAAAUCACUUCAUUACGCCAGCGCCUAGAUCGCGCCGAUGCUGAUACGCUACAUUGUAAGCGUGAGAAUCUUAAAUUAGCAGACGAAGUAGCAUCUUUGGAAAAAGAGCUGACAUUGGGAGAACUGAACAAGGAAACAAGACCUUCUAAAGAAUUAGCUAAAAUUAUCUCGGAUAUGGAAGCUAAACACGCUGCAACGGUGUCAGAGCUCGAGGGCAUGGUUCAAGAUCAAAAAGAGCUCAUGGAAAAACUAACCACCGAGUGCAAAGGCUUGACGCAUAAGUUAGAGGACACGACACUGAAACAUAAAGAAGAGAAGAAAGAGUUGAGGCAGACCAAUAAUGAGCUUAUGGAGCGUUUGAAGCAAGUUUGGGAAAACUACAAAAAAAUAAACCCAACUUACAAGAACCAGCUUAUAAAAUGCACUGAAUCGCUUGAAUCUGAUUCUAACAUCUCAUCUGUAUCCAAUUGUGAUCCAAAGCUCCUUCCCGGCCAGGUAGUACAACGGCCCACUACCCUUCGAUUCGGUCAGUGCAAUCAGUCCCACAAUCACAAUCACAAACAGGCAAAAUAUCACGGCCAGAAUCGAGAACAUCCGACCGGCAGUAUACCAACGGACGACAGCAAUCGUAUGGCGAGUUGUCCCGAACCAGCUCCGUCAAUGAUUACAAUGAAUCUAGAAGAAGCAAGCCUGCUGAUGAAAAACGAAGCGAGUCCCGAGUGUCACGUUCCUCGAUCCCCAAUGAAGAUAUGCCAGUCAAGAUGCCUAUCAAGGAGUCGGAGUCUGGACGUUCUGACGUCGAACGAUCGUCGCGAAUCAGUGACAAUACAACCGCUAAACCAGACAGCACCGGAAGCACUGGUAGAGUCUCACGAGAGUCCAAUUCCAGCGGUGACCGAUCGUCAAAACAGUCUAUACGACAACAACCAUCUUCGUUUGGCGAAACAGUCCCAUCUAGUCAAUAUGUAUCAGAACGUACAGAGUCCGUGGAACAGUAUCAACCCAGUCCCACCAACCAAUAUUCUUCGCAAUCUGGGGAACUCGAACAAGCAUAUCAACAAUCGUCAGAACAUUAUCAGCCAUCCAGUGAGCUCUACGGUGAAAAUACCGGAUAUAACGCACCACAAUAUGACCCUUCGCAGCAAUAUGAUCAAAAUCAAUACGAAGCAUACGGAGAGCAGCAAUAUAUGCCAGAGGCAUACGACCAGCAAGCAUACCAGCAGCAGCAAUAUCCAAGCUAUCAACAACCAUAUGAUACACAGCAGUAUGCCUCUGAGCAAGUACAUGAUGAAUCAAACUAUCCAACCGGAAACUUGCAGUCCCCAACACAACAGUCAGUUCCGGCACCAAUCGUCGCCCCAGCUCCAGUGGAAUCAUCCGAAGACAAACGGAAUGUGGGAUAUUCACGCUCGAGAGGAUCUGCAGGGGCAUCAACCAAUCAGCAACAUAGCGCCGGGCCUAGAAACAAGCAGGCUGGGCAGAGCAAACAAUCCAGCAACAAGUAAUAGCUUUUGUUGCAACAGUUUACCGCGCCAGUUACCACAGAGUUGCCAUUUUAAGCCGAUAGAGUGCUACCCAAGUCUCAGCAUUAGUAGCCCCAGUUUAUUUGGAACCAGUCCUGAAACCAGCCUCACACCGUCGCCAACAACAACGGUACUGCAAAAUUAUAGCGCGGCCAGUCCAAAUCCACACUAA